AUGUUAAAACUUGAUGCGUUCCACAUGAUGAUUGUUUCAAAAUAUUUUACACAAAUCCGGGACUUUAUCAGACUUGAAUUUGUUUGUAAAAAGUUCAAGGACAAUAUGUCGAAGUUUCAUUUCAACCCGAUUCCACUCACUGAACUAACUCUUAAGUACUUUCCCAAUUUAGAAACUUUACAUUUAUGGACUGAGUACGCCGAAACCUUUGGAAAUCCACUUCUUAACUUUGGUGCUCCUCGUCCAAAGAAAUCUGAGAAUUUUUUCAAUGUAGUUGUUUGGUAUCCCGUUCCUUAUAAAGUGUAUCACGAAACUCAAGUCCCACAAAUCGAAUUUAAAAACGUUUUCCUUACACAGAAAAAUGUCAUUGAGUACGGCAACUCAAUUCCCCAAAUUGUCAAAUCCCUUGGAGAAAACUGUUUCAAAGACAACCAGUCACUCAAUUGUGUUAACGUUCCAAACCAAAUCAAUCGAAUGUAUACCGCUUGUUUCUAUAAUUGUUCUAACCUUACUUCGAUAACAUUUCCCGAUUCACUGAAAUCUGUUGGCGAUUGGUGUUUUGCAAAAUGUGUUUCACUUAUUUCUAUUGUUCUUCCAAGCUCUGUUUUCAUGUUGGGAUUAUCAUGUUUUUGGAGUUGCCACUCAUUGGAAAAUGUAGUUCUUCCUUUAGGCAUAACUGAAUUGAAAAAUAGCACGUUUGAAAAAUGUUGGAAACUGAAAGAGAUUAAAAUACCCGAAAAUGUGAUGUCUGUUGGUCAAAGUUGUUUUAAUGGAUGUACUUCACUCACUUCUGUGACAAUUUCUGAAAAUACAAUUUCGAUUGGAAUGAAUGCAUUUCGAAGCUGUGAAAACCUCAAAGAAGUUUUAUUACCAGAUAGUGUUACUUUUAUUGGAGAAAACUGUUUUGCUUUUUGCACUUCUUUGAGUAAAAUACAUCUUCCAAGUUGUUUAACAUCACUUGAAGAUAACUUAUUCUCCACUUGUCACUCUCUCAGUGAAAUUGAACUUCCAGAUCGAAUUGUGAAAAUUAAAGAUGAAUGUUUUCAAUGGUGCACAAGUUUAAGCAAAAUCCGAUUGAGUGAUAAAGUGACUUCAUUUGGGCAAAGGUGUUUUUUCAAUUGCAAACGUUUGAGUAAAUUUGUUAUACCAAACAAUGUGGAAGUUGUGAGUCCCGAAUUGUUUAGAAAUGCUGGAAUUCAAAAUGUCACAAUCGGAAACAAUGUUUCAAAAUUUUUAUCAUCAUGUUUUUUAGACUGUGGAUUUUUGAAACAAAUUGAAAUACCAUCAAGUGUUCUUGUUAUUCAAAAAUCAUGUUUUGAAAAUUGCACUUCAUUGAGUAAAGUAACAUUUGAAAAUGAUCAACAUCACGGACUAAAGUCUUUAGAAGCAUUUAGUUUUAAAAAUUGUCAAUAUUUGAAAGAAAUAAAAUUACCAAAAAGAUUGAGACAAAUUGAUGAAAGUUGUUUUGACAAUUGUAGUCGACUUACAAAUGUUCAAAUACCAGAAAACGCUCGAUUAUCAAAAAAAGAAUGUUUUAAUGGUACUCCACUUUACGGAGUUGAUAUUGAUACUAUAAUAGUUGUAAAUGGGUUUAAAACUAUAUCAUCAUUAAUAUUAAAAAACAAUAAAAAGCAAAAUUUAAUAAACAAAAAGGAGAAGACUAAAAGAGGAGAAAAGAAAAAAAAAUAG